AGGACGUCGGGACCGCAUCCAUCCGCGACGCGAAAUGCUCUGCGAACCGAAUCCAACUCGAGCAAUCCUCCCCGAUUCCGUGCGUUUCGGCGAGGAGGCAUUUACAUGCUCGGGCGCGCAAGCGGGCUAAAGAACUCGUCGGCCGAAGUAAGGCGGUCAUUUGAAGUGGAAAGUGCUCGCGUCGAGUAUGGUCUGUGCUCAAGAAAACAUCGCACAGAGCCAACAGCUGUAACUUCGGGAUUUACUUGUACAGGCGCUCUUACUGGAGAUCGUGGGAUAUUUUGUGUGUAAACAUGCCUGUAAGAAGAGGUCACGUUGCGCCACAAAACACAUUCCUUGGAAUUAUAAUUCGGAAAUUCGAGGGUCAAAACCGGAAAUUUGUGAUAGCCAAUGCCAGGGUGGAGAACUGUGCGAUCAUAUACUGCAACGAUGGCUUCUGUGAGAUGACGGGCUUCUCAAGACCAGACAUCAUGCAGAAGCCGUGCACCUGUGACUUCCUCCACGGUGAACUCACCGACAAAGAGGCCAUCCGCCAGGUGUCCCAGGCUCUGCUGGGGUCCGAGGAGCGCAAGGUGGAGAUAACCUACUACCGUAAGGAUGGGACUGACUUUCAGUGUAACAUUCAUAUAAUCCCAGUGAAGAAUGAGGAGGGCGUGGUGAUGAUGUUUAUCUUAAAUUUCGAUUACGUUCUGGAUGAGGGAAGUGACGGCUCAACAGAGAAGAUAAGUCCCACAUCCCCUACAAAGUCAGAUCAGAGGAGGAGUAGAUUCUUCCGCUUCCGCCAGGCCGCUUUUAGCCUAAUGAAUACCAACAAGCAAUCUCUUCCGCAAGAGGACCCGGAUGCUGUGAUGGUGGACUCACCCAAAGACAAUGAGGACUCAAUGGCCCUACAGAGCUUCCCUUCACCAACCAAAAGCAUUUGCAGUCCCAUUGAGGCAAAUGACACACAUGCACUCAUAGGCUCAAGCCACCAUUCUUCCCAGGGUAGCAUCGGUCUUGAACCACUUGACCAUUCAUCCCCUAAACUCCCCUGGGAGAAGCUGUACCAGACAGAGCCGCACCAAUCCUCUACCUCCCUGUCAAACACCUUCCCCAGAGGCAGCAUCAGCAGCAUGAGGCGAGCUUCAUCCGUCCAUGAAAUUGAGGGCUAUAGCUCCAAUUCAAAAGGCGUAUUCAGGGAUCGGCAUACAACUGAAGGCCCUUUUAAUCACCUGAAGUCCAGCCUCCUUUGCUCUACCUCUGAUUCUAACAUCAACAAGUAUAGCACCAUCAACAAGAUCCCUCUGAUUGCACUCAACUUCUCUGAGGGGACUGAUAAAAAGACUCAUUCUCCGCCAACAUCUGAAAAAACCAUUAUAGCGCCAAAGGUCAAAGACAGGACUCACAAUGUCACAGAAAAAGUCACACAGGUCCUGUCACUCGGAGCUGAUGUGCUGCCAGAGUACAAACUCCAGACAGCCCGCAUUGACAAGUUCACCAUUCUCCACUACAGCCCCUUCAAAGCCGUGUGGGACUGGCUGAUCCUGCUGCUGGUCAUUUACACAGCAAUCCUCACUCCCUACUCAGCUGCUUUUCUUCUCAAUGACCAAGAGGAGCAGAAGAGGCGUGAAUGUGGAUACUCCUGCAGUCCUCUUAAUGUAGUGGAUUUAAUCGUGGACAUUAUGUUCAUCAUUGACAUUCUCAUAAACUUCAGGACCACUUAUGUAAACCUAAACGAGGAGGUGGUCAGCCAUCCAGCUAAAAUAGCAAUCCAUUACUUUAAAGGCUGGUUCCUUAUAGACAUGGUGGCAGCAAUCCCCUUUGACCUUCUUAUCUUUGGCUCAGGAUCAGAUGAGACUACGACUCUUAUUGGCCUGUUGAAGACGGCAAGGCUCCUGCGACUGGUGCGUGUAGCCAGGAAGCUGGACCGCUAUUCUGAGUAUGGAGCUGCAGUCCUCAUGUUGCUCAUGUGCAUCUUCGCCCUCAUUGCCCACUGGCUAGCCUGUAUAUGGUACGCCAUUGGCAAUGUGGAGAAGCCCUACUUAGAGCACAAGAUUGGCUGGCUAGACAACCUGGGCGUGUCCAUAGGAAAGAGAUACAACUACAGCGAUCCUAGCUCUGGUCCCUCUAUCAAGGACAAGUAUGUCACAGCACUUUACUUCACCUUCAGCAGUCUGACCAGUGUGGGCUUUGGAAAUGUUUCCCCAAACACCAACUCAGAGAAGAUUUUUUCCAUCUGUGUCAUGUUGAUUGGCUCCCUAAUGUAUGCCAGUAUUUUUGGAAACGUCUCUGCCAUCAUCCAGAGGUUGUACUCGGGUACGGCCCGUUAUCAUGCUCAAAUGUUGCGGGUGAAGGAGUUCAUCCGCUUUCACCAGAUUCCCAACCCACUGAGGCAAAGGCUAGAGGAGUACUUCCAACACUCCUGGACCUACACUAACGGCAUUGAUAUGAACACGGUGUUAAAAGGUUUUCCUGAGUGCCUGCAGGCAGAUAUCUGUCUUCACCUCAACAGGAAUCUUCUUCAUAACUGCAAAGCAUUCCAGGGAGCCACCAAAGGCUGCUUGAGGGCCUUGGCCAUGCGCUUCAAAACCACUCAUGCCCCUCCUGGAGACACACUGGUCCACGGUGGUGAUGUGCUCACUGCUCUCUACUUUCUGUCCCGCGGCUCUAUUGAGAUCCUGAAAGAUGACAUUGUGGUAGCCAUCCUCGGAAAAAAUGACAUUUUUGGAGAAAUGAUCCAUCUGUUUGCAAAGCCUGGAAAGUCCAAUGCUGACGUGCGGGCUCUGAGUUACUGUGACCUGAGCACCAUUCAAAGGGAAGAUCUGUUGGAGGUGUUAGACAUGUACCCAGAAUUUGCUGACUACUUCUUCAACAACCUGGAGCUUACCUUCAACCUCAGAGAUGAGUCUGCCAAGCCCUCCAGUUCCCAAGGCUGCGAUUCAGAUGGUGAGGGCACCCAAAGCAUUAAAAGAAGAAUCUCCAUCACACCAGAUCUAUCUAAAGGAGAGCUGAAACUAACCAGCACAGAGGAAAACAAGGAAGUGGUUAAAGACAUGGGGAGGGAGAGGGAGUCUCACUCGUGCCUAAAAAGAUGUUCAGGAGUCCUGGGUUCCUCUCCACCAAAUGCCCCAGUCAUGGACUCAGAUAUUAUUGCCAGAGACAGCUUGGAGAGAAGUCUGUCUUUUGAAGAUCUGUGCUGUGAUAAAUGGGCCCGUAAGAAGCCUGCAGACUUCCUGGAUGAGUCAGCACAGAUCCAGGACCUGAGAGAAGACGAUAAUUCUACCAGCGAAAUCACAUAUGGAGAGGUGGAACAGCGCUUAGGUCAGCUCCAAGAGCACUUAAACAGGCUGGAGUCUCAGCUGAUGUCAGAUAUUCAGACCAUCCUGCAGCUGCUACAGAGACAACCGACUCUGGGACCUCCGGCCUACAGCACUGUGACUGCCAGUCCAGACUAUCACAGACCUGCUGUGAAGGUUCAGCCAGUUGCUCUGACUGCAAGCCAUUUUUUCAGCCAUACAGGAACUCAAGGCCCCAACCACAAACUGGAGAGCGCCAUUCAGGAUUCCAAAGACCCUCUGUCAAGCCUGGCCAACGUGAAUGCACCCAUCGAGGACAGCCUUACAGCACUGCUUGUACAAAGACAUACAGAACCACAACAACAACAGCAGCAGCAGCAACAACAGAUCACAGGGCAUCAAAAGUCUGCAUUGAUCCCUCUUCCAACUGAAACCUCUUCCACCUCCUCCUCCUCUUCCUCCCCAUCCCCUUCUGAUUCCAACCUCAACACCACUGGACUCCAUAGACCUGUUUCAGACCCAGCGUUUCCAGGACCAUAAACCUUUCAGCAACACAGUGUUCUAAUAUCUGGGUUGUAAUGCUGUAAUUACUAAGUAGCAACUUUUUAUGAGCAUGCUGGGACAGACAUCUGUAUUGUUAGUUUGCAAUGCCUUGGUAAUAGAAAUAAGGUGUCUUUUAAUUAUGCAUGUGGAUAAAACACUGUUCUCUGCAGUUAACAGUGUAAUAACAAUGGUUACAUAUUGUAACAGUAGUUCUAUCUAAACAGGAGCCCUUUGAUCUAUAAGCGUCAUCACUCCCUCACUUUUCUCACUGAAAAUAUAGAUGCCCAACCAAUUAGGAUGAACCUAUUCAACCUACCUAGUGGAGACUGCCCCUAUAUGAGGGUAGAAAUUCCUCAAUCACUAAGUUUGCAGCUUCUUAACUAAAUUCUACUUAAUCACCAAGGGUGCUGGUUAAAGGGCUCCACCUGGUCUUGAUAAAAGUAGCAUUACGACACUUAACCAACUUACCAACCAACUAACCAGGCUUUAUGUUCUAAUGGGCACUAAUGGGUUCUUUAUUCCUUCCUGUUACUCUGCUACAACAUUUUA